CCGUGAACCCAAGGUAAGUUAAUAACCCUCGUCAAAAGUCUAGUUUUUGGGUCCAGGGAAACAUGUUGCAGACUUUCGGAGAGUCCUCCAUACCACACCAGAAGCUCUACAGUGGAGCUCCGUUUCCCUUGGUCUUGACGCCUGGCCAAGGGGCUCAGAGUUUGGGCCUGUCUCAUCUCACCCAAUCCAUCAAGGCCCACAAGCCCUGGCUCCAAUCGCUGCUCCACAGAGCCGGGGCCGUUCUUCUCAGGGACUUUCCUGUAACCACCGCGUCCGACUUCAACGAUGUUGUUGAAGCGUUCGGAUUCGCCGAGCUCCCCUACGUCGGCGGCGCGGCUCCCAGGACCAAAGUGGUGGGUCGGGUUUUCACGUCCAAUGAGUCACCGCCGGAUCAGAAGAUCCCCUUUCACCACGAAAUGGCUCAGGUUCCUGAGUUCCCCUCCAAAUUGUUUUUCUUCUGUGAAGUAGAACCUGGAACUGGAGGAGAGACUCCGAUCGUACUCAGCCACAUUGUGUAUGAGCGGAUGAAAGCAAAGUACCCAGAGUUUGUACAGCGAUUGGAGGAGCGAGGAUUGAUGUAUACGCGAGUACUGGGAGAAGACGACGACCCUUCAUCUCCAAUCGGGCGUGGCUGGAAGUCCACAUUCCUGACCCAGGAUAAAACCACAGCUGAGAAGAGGGCUGCUCAGCUGGGAAUGAAGUUGGAGUGGAUGGAGGAUGGAGUGAAGACGAUAAUGGGUCCAAUCCCAGCUGUCAAAUAUGAUGAGUCAAGACAAAGGAAGAUCUGGUUUAACAGCAUGGUGGCUGCUUAUACAGGAUGGGAAGAUGCUCGGAAUGAUCCUGUGAAGGCGGUGACCUUUGGGGAUGGGCAGCCAUUGCCGGCUGAUAUCAUCUAUGACUGUUUGAAGAUUCUUGAGGAGGAAUGUGUGGCUGUUCCUUGGCAGAAAGGUGAUGUUCUGCUGCUGGAUAACUGGGCUGUCCUUCACUCUCGAAGACCCUUUGAUCCACCUCGCCGUGUACUGGCUUCACUCUGCAAGUAGAAGAAGGGCAUUAGAUCUCUAUAUAAUGCUUUGGUUUUUCUGCUUUUGGCCAUAUAUGUAAGAACCUUGUUGGAAUAAAUUGCAGAAUGAGGCCGCGGUUUCUAUGUGGUAA